AAAACCCAUCGUGAGUUAUAAUACACGUAAUGUUGUAAAAAACAGCGUUAAGUAAUAUGACGCGUGCACUAUCCGGAAUUUUGACUCCGCCUUUUCCAUUCGAUAUGUACACUACUUACUUCCUUGUCUCGAGAGAAGGAUUCAAGGAGUAAACAAUGUCUGGUUGUUAUUAGAAUGGAAGUUUGUGUCUUCCGUGUAAAUAAGUGUCCCCUUGGUCUGUGUUGACCAUUUCUUACUUUUACUAUGGCUGAAGGUGGUCUCCCUCCAGAACUGGACUUACACUUACUGGAAUGUCCAAUCUGCCUGGAGCGACUUCAACAACCCAAGUCCUUACCCUGCCUCCACUCCUUCUGUCAGGAUUGUCUCGGGACCUAUAUCACAAAGGGGGUGUCCGGGAAGAUGGCGUCGGCAACAUCAUUUCCUUGUCCAGUUUGUAGGAGGAUGAUCCCUCCGGGAAAUCAGGCUGAAACCAAGGAUAAAUGGGCAGAACAAUUUCCGACUAAUACUGUGAUAGAUUACCUUAUCCAGUUAAAGGAAAGUUCGUCUGUACCAUUAUACUGCAAAACCUGCCAUAUAAAAGGUAACCUGAACAACCCAGCCAGUUUUUGGUGCAAGGCAAUGAACGAGAACUUAUGCGACAUUUGUAAGGUUUCAUGAUUUCAUACAUAAUGACUGUGAUAUACUGAAUGUCACCGGAAACCAAAGUAAACGACCAAACAUGGAAACGUCUGCCCCUCGAUGUUAUCAACACGGCGAUAAAAUGGUUCGGUAUUGUGAGGACCACCAACUUCUGUGCUGCAACGAAUGUGUGAUCGAAGACCAUAAGAAAUGUGGAAAGGUGCUAAAGGUGGCGGAAUAUUGUCGGAAGGUAAAAGCAGGAUCGCAGCUAAAAGACAUGCAGGCGACGUUGAAGAAAGGAACAGAGAGUUUGAACUCAUUAGUGAAGGACUUUAAUAAACAGCUUCAAAUCAUGAUACAGAGUCAGGAAAUCGGAUUACAGACCAUCUCCGACCUGUGUCAAAAGGUCGAUAAACGACUGGACCAACUUCAGAAAGACAUCACCGACGAGUUGAUCACAUUGUUCAAAAAUGAGAAAAGAGACAUGGAGGCAUCAUCACGGGCGUGCGAACGUCUGAUAAACGGAAUGAAAAAUACCAGGAAGUGGUCCAUUAAAGCCAUAGAGGAAAACGACAACAUUGAGACGAUAGUGUUGUAACAGAGAGGACAGGCAGAAGUGGAGUCGUGCGAGAAACUUGUCACAGAGAUGAGCAAGUCAUUCACAUCCGUCAGCAUCGAACAUCAAAUUGUUCCCGGUCAUGACACCAUUUAAGAUAACGCUAUGGGAAAGAUCGUCGUUGGGAAAAUACCACAAUGUAUCCCCGGGGGUCAUGGCAAUUUAGUAAACUCCAUGUUAGAACGACGUGUGAAAGACAUCGGAAAGUUUAGCAUCAAGUCCCCGUCAGAUGAAUAUGAUUGCUGUCCUUAUGGUGUUGCAUACCUGUCAUGUGCACAAUUAGUAGUAGAUGAUAGCAAUAAUAACAAACUGAAGUUGUUUACAGACAAAGGACAGUACCUGGACGAGUUGGCCGUUCCCUGGCAGCUGUGAUCAACAUGCCAUAUGAUAUAGGCUGCAUUGGUAUUACACAUACAGACGGGAAGUUUGCCGUGGGUACACGCACAGGAGAAGUAUACAGUGUGACACAGAACGGAGAAGCUGAGUUGAUAUACAAAUAUAACAAUACAUGUUGGUCCCUCACUCAUGAACAAAUAAAGGGUGACACACUUGUCAGUAUCCGUGACACCAACCCGGGGAACGUCGCGGUGUCUAGGCUGUCGGCUGACAAACGUCAUACGGAUGUGAUGAAGGUCGGUGUCGAGAGGGAAGCUAAAGGAAUAGACGUGGACAGGGAGUGCAACAUCUACGUGUGUGGUAAUGAUUCACACAACAUCGUACAUAUGUCUGGGGACGGAACACACGUCAGGGAAAUUCUGACAUCAUCAGAUGGGAUCAACUCUCCAUGGGCAAUAGCUGUCUGUGGUGACACAUUUGUAGUAACUAAUACUAGUAGUAAAGACGAGAGUAAAUAUAUCCGUGUCUUUCAGUUGUACUAAAAAUGAAGUAAAAAUGAAAAUAAAUAUGUGCUGAACAAUUGAAAGGUAUGCUUAUAUCUUAACGAUAGAAUGCACACUAGAUGAUAGAAUUAUGGCCUCGUUUCAACACCAAAAAUAUCAGUUUCUCAAAUGAUCACCAAUGUUUUGAUUUAAUUGUCUAAAACCUUUAGCUUAACAACACAACAAAUAAAAUUACAAAACGU